AAACCAUUCAUCACAUUUUGCAAAACAAAUCAAAAUGGAUGUAUUCAAGAUUUCCUUCGCUCUCAUUUGCGUUUCGGGAUUGUUUUUAGUUAAGCCAUCUCUUGCUCAAAACUCAGCUAAGGACUAUCUCAAUGCCCACAAUGCAGCUCGCAAAAUGGUUGGCGUUGGACCACUGUUUUGGGACCGAAAACUAGCAGCCUAUGCUCAAAGCUAUGCUAAUAAACGCAUGCGUGACUGUAAGCUAGUGCUCUCGGGUGGCCCGUAUGACGAGAACCUUGCAUGGAGCAGCGAUCGUAGCCUCACAGGCGCCGGGGCAGUGAAGCUAUGGGUUAGCAAGAAGCGAUUCUACAAUUACAGGUCCAAUAAAUGUGUUGGUGAUCAGAGUUGUCUAGCCUACACUCAGGUGGUUUGGAGACGUUCAAAGAAGUUGGGAUGUGCUAGAGUUAAGUGCACCAAUGGUGGUACUUUUGUGAUUUGCAGCUACAGCCCUCGAGGCAACAUUUCUUCUCAACGGCCAUAUUAAGUAAUUUGUCUCUUUGGGGCUUAAAAGAAACCAAAUAAUUGUGUGUGUUUACGUUGUUUUGUCCAACUCAAUCUUAAAUUUCUCGAUGGAUAAAGAUGUCUAGUUAUAGACAUGUGAUAGUAUUAGAAGGGUGUGAAGUGAUGGAUUGAUGGUGUCUUUGUAA